AUGCCGGCUGAGGCGCCAGGCCGGGCUGUGGAUCUGACACCUCCGCUACCUGGCUUUGAUCAGAAUCUGGCUAUGGGGCAGAGCACUUCUGCCCACCCAGGGCACCGCCUGGGCUACGGCCGCUGUCCCAGUCGCUGGGCUCCAGGGUCCCCAGGGAGACUCCCACCAGGCCUGCUCUCAGGUUUCUGUUGCCUGGAGCACUGCAGCCACCACGGCCCAGAGUCAGGGCCUGGGAGGGCGGCAGUGUGGGGGCCUGAGUCGGAGCCCCCCGGGAACGAGGGUGCUGACAGCCACCAGCUGCCACUGCCGGAGCCCGAUGCCCAGGUAACCCGAGAGGAGGCGGGGCACAAGGUGCCAUGGCCCUGUCUCCCACCACCAAGGGAGGGCCCUGCCAUUCUGGGAGGUGGAGGGAAUGGGGGGCCUUCUAUGAGGGGCUGGUCUCCAACAGCAGCUCUCCCUGCAGAGGGCCCUGCAACUGCCCCAAGGAACAGGUACCAGGACCCUGAGGUGGUACCCUAUCUGGAGGAACCCAAUUCUGACACCAGCUCCAGCCAGGACAGCAAUACCCCUCAUGAUACCAGCAAUUCUUCCUCUGUGCAGGACACUGUUGAGAGGCCAGGAGUGGUCCCCAACGGGGACAGACUCAAUGUGAUGAUCCUGAGACGGCCUCAAGAAGGGCUGAGAGCUGACAGUGCUCAAAGGAUCACCAGGUCCCCAGCCAGGGGAGACCCAGAAGGCCAGAGAAAGGAGGAUUCUGGCAGUGGUGGACAGAGUGCUGGCCAGCACUGGGCGAAGCUGCGGGCAGAAAGUGGCUACUUCUCCUUGGAACGACAUCGCUCAGGGAAAACCCAGGCUUCCUCCGGGACACCACCGAGUGGACCUCGGACCACCAACCAGGCUUCUUCUGCUCAAAGGGGUGUUUUCCAGAAUGCUUCUGCACAAGAAACCUCCCAAGCUUCCUCUAUACCCCCAAACGCCCAAAGGGACACUCCCAGAACCUUAGCCACACAGCGGAGUGGUCCCAGAAUGUCCUCUCCUUCAAGAGUUUCCCAGAGGGACACUCCUAGAACCAUGUCCACCCAGAGAAGCAGCACGCCACUUUCCUCUCCCCUCAGAGCCACUCCAGAUAGCCUCAAGACCUGCACACCACAAAACAGCCCCCAUGUUGUAUCAUCUCCUUGUGUUCAAGCCUCCUCUCUCAACAGAACAACCCAGCGGGACAACCCCAGGACUCCCUGUGCCCAGAGGGACAAUCCCAGGAGCUCCUGUGCCCAGAGGGACAAUCCCAGGAGCUCCUCUCCCAGCAGAACUACCCAGAGGGACAACCCCAGGAUUCCUUGUGCCCAGAGGGACAAUCCCAGGAGCUCCUCUCCCAGCAGAACUACCCAGAGGGACAACCCCAGGACUCCCUGUGCCCAGAGGGACAACCCCAGGACUCCCUGUACCCAGAGGGACAAUCCCAGGAGCUCCUCUCCCAACAGAACCACCCAGAAGGAUAACUCCAGAACUUUCUGCAUAGUACAGAACACCCCCAGGACCCCUUCUACCCAAGGAAACAAGACUUCAGCCUCCUGCAGCAGAUGGGAGCAUCUCCGAAGCGCCUGUACCCAACGAGACAACCCAGGACCACCGUCUUCCUUCCAACGAGACAACCCUAGGCCUUUCUCUCAAGGCUGCACCCAAAAGGACAACCCAGGACUAUCAUCUCCCCGCCAUGCCACUCAGGGGAGUAGCUCCAGGAACCCUUCUCCCCACCGGACCAACAAAGAUAUCCCUUGGGCCUCCUUUCCCCUUCGGCCAACCCAGAGUGAUGGUCCUCGAACCUCAUCUCCAUCUCGCACCAAACAAAACCAGGUGCCUUGGGCAUCCAUUUCUCUCCGGCCAACCCAAGGGGACAGGACUCAGACCUCAGCUCCUACCAAACUAGCCCAUCACGACCCUCCCCAGCACUCUUUGCCCUCCCUGGCCUCCUCCUCUCAUAACCCAGGCCAUCCCAGUGCCUCUCGGACUUCAUCGCCUCUGCACCCGGCACCACGAGGGGUUCCCCAGACCCCUUCAGAGCCCUCCCAGCCAUCAUGCGCUGUGUGCAUUGGGCACAGGGAUGCACCUCGAGCCUCUUCACCCCCUCGCUAUUUUCAGUAUGACCCUUUCCCCUUUUUUCCAGAUCCCCGCUCGUCUGAGAGCGAAUCACCCCACCACGAACCCCCCUACAUGCCACCUGCAGUGUGCAUUGGGCACCGUGAUGCCCCCCGGGCCACUUCACCACCUCGUCAUACCCAAUUUGAUCCCUUUCCCUUCCUCCCAGACACCUCAGACGCUGAGAAUGAGUCCCCCCAGCAUGAUCCCCCACAGUUUCCCCCACCAGUGUGCAUUGGGUACCGCGAUGCCCCCCGGGCCUCUUCCCCACCACGCCAGUUUCCAGAGCCCUUCUUCCAGGAUCUCCCCCGGGCCAGCACAGAGAGCCUUGUCCCUUCCACAGACUCUCUGCAUGAGCCUCCCCACAUCCCCCCUCCUGUAUGUAUUGGGCACAGAGAUGCUCCCUCCUUCUCUUCCCCACCACGCCAGGCCCCUGAGCCUUCGCUCUUUUUCCAGGAUCCUCCUGGGACCAGUAUGGAGAGUCUUGCCCCUUCCAUUGACUCUUUGCGCGGCUCCCCACUGCUGCUGCCUCAAGUAUGCAUCGGCCAUCGGGAUGCGCCCAGGGCAUCCUCUCCUCCCCGCCACCCACCCAGUGAUUUAGGUCUCCUGGCCCCCUCCCCUCCCCCAGGUAGCUCAGGCUCUCGGGGCUCAGCACCCCCAGGGGAAACCAGACACAACUUGGAGAGGGAGGAGUACACCAUGCUGGCUGACCUGCCCCCACCCAGGAGGCUGGCCCAGAGGGGGCCAGAGCCCCAAGCACAGGGCAGCAACGAGGGCCGUACCCGCAGCCCUGGCCGGGCAGAGGUGGAGCGCCUCUUCGGGCAAGAGCGCAGGUGAGCCAGGGCAGGGGCAGCCAGGUGGGUUGGGGAGGAGAACAGUUGGAAAGUUCCAGAAGCAAGAGUUCAAGCCCUGCUGCCCACUGGCUGUGCGGUCUUGGGCAAGCCACUGCAUCUCUCCGUAAUUAGCAUGUUUUUUUGUUUUUGUUUUUGUUUUUUGUUUUUUGUUUUUUGUUUUUUUCUGAGGCUGAAGUAACUCAAUGGGUAGCCAAGUAGUGAAAAAAUCUGGUGUCUGGCAGGCUAAGUUCAAAUCUGGGGUCAAAGCUACCCUGUAUCCUGUGACACCUGCUUAAAGCAAUUUAAUCUAUUUAGGCCUCAGAUUCUUCGCCUGUCAAAUGGGAAAACUAAAAGCACAUUAAUUUCAAUGAGGCUAAACUCUUGAAGGGUUUGAUUCAGAGUAAUGUUUCUUCCCUGUACCUAUGACUCUUUCCCUGUACAUUGCAGGAGGACAGACAUGUUUGUUUUACAUACAUGGCCAGCAGCUGGGGAUUUAGCUCAGUGGUGGGAUGAUUGGCAGCACACAUAGGCCCUGGGUUUGAGCCACAGAACUAAGUAGAUAAAUGCCCUGUGUUUUAUUCCUCUGGGUGCUGGGGAUGGAUCCCAAGAUGUGCGCCUGCCAAGAAAAUACUCUGCCCUCAUUCCAGAGCUUUCCAUAAGAGCUCCUAGAGUCACAGACUUUCAGAAGUUAGACAUUACUUUCCUGGAACAUGGCUACAGAGUCCCAAGUCCUAGUGUCCUGUGAAUGUCCUAAGGAACCAGUAGCAUGUCACAUGGGAGAGGGAAAACAUCCCCUCCUGCUCUGGCUGGGAUUUCUCUUCAUCAGCAGAGCUAGCCCCUGAGUUUUUAGAGACACGGUUCCACUAGGGACAAGAGAAAUGGGGGGGAGGAGUGUAAUCUGGAAACUUUCCCUGUAUUAUCUGGUGGGUUUUAGAAUUUGACUGAGUGGGACAGCCCUCAUUGUGAGGUAAUUCUAGAGCAUUUCCAAAACCCUGCCCCCACUUUUUUUCUUUUUCUAGAUUUAUUUAUUAUGUAUACAGUGU